AUGUCCCGCCGUGAGCGGAAGCGACGAGGUCGCUGGGAAACCUACAACUCCGAAUUCAACUCAGAGGAAGGUUUCUCGAACAAUUCGAUAGACAAGCAGGUUGAGAAGGAGGUCUCGGCUCCUGUCCCAAAAGCGGCAUCUCAAAAUUUGGGUGGAGAGAAUGCUGCAGUCAUCACGGAUGAGUUUGGUGGAAAGGACUACCGGUCCGAAAUGCCUUUGAAGGCUGACCACGCUUCUCGUCCACUUUGGGUGGCUCCUGAUGGUCAUAUAUUCCUCGAAUCAUUUAGUCCCGUUUAUAAGCAUGCACGAGAUUUCCUUAUCGCUAUAUCCGAGCCCGUUUGUCGACCUGAACAUAUUCAUGAGUACCAACUCACUGCAUACUCUCUGUAUGCGGCAGUUUCUGUGGGAUUGCAGACCAAUGACAUCAUCGAGUAUUUGGAAAGGCUUAGUAAAAGCGCUCUACCGAAGGGAAUUGUUGAGUUCAUCAAAAUGUGCACAUUGAGUUAUGGGAAAGUGAAACUGGUGUUGAAACAUAAUCGAUAUUUUGUGGAAUCCCGUCAUUCGGAUGUCAUCCAGAAGUUGUUGAAGGAUAAAGUUAUACAGUCAUGUAUACUGGAAGACGAGAAACCAGUUGAGGAAACCAAGACUCAAAUCGAGAAGAUUAAUUUUCCUCAAGAACAAAAGAAAGAAGAAGAGAAAAAGCCUGAAGGUGGAGAUGAUGAGGACAUUGGAGAACUCUAUGGUAAAAUGGAUGGAGAUGAUGAAGAAGAUGCGGAGAUUCGCAGUCUGCAAUUGCUCACGUUUGAAAUCAAACAGGAAACUAUUGAGACUGUGCAAAAACGUUGCAUUGAGCUGGAGUAUCCACUUCUAGCAGAAUACGAUUUCCGAAAUGACACCAUGAACCCGAAUCUCGGAAUUGAUCUGAAGCCAUCGACUACUCUUCGUCCUUAUCAGGAGAAGAGUUUGCGUAAAAUGUUUGGAAAUAGUCGGGCAAGAUCCGGAGUAAUCGUACUUCCUUGUGGAGCUGGCAAAACUCUUGUGGGUGUCACUGCAGUGACCACCGUCAACAAACGCUGUCUGGUUCUGGCAAAUUCUAACUUGUGGUCCACAAUUAGCGACAAGCAAAUUGUAAGAUUCACUCGAGAAGCGAAAGAUUCCGUGCCACAUGGUGCCGAUGCGAGUAAGCCAAUCGUUUGUAUAAGUACUUACUCUAUGGUGGCUUAUGCGGGUAAGCGUACCUAUGCUGCUGAAGAGGCGAUGAAGUUCAUUGAGAGCCAGGAGUGGGGACUUUUACUGUUGGAUGAAGUGCACACAAUUCCUGCGAAGAUGUUCCGUCGAGUGUUGACUAUUGUGCAAGCGCAUUGCAAACUCGGUCUCACUGCCACACUUGUUAGAGAAGACGACAAAAUUACCGAUCUCAACUUCCUCAUU